UUCUUUAUUUGAAGUUCUAGGUUUCUGUGCUCUCAUUCUGUUUUCAUAAUAGAAAAUCAAACUUACAGAAUUGUCGGCUUCAGUCUGAGUGACAAGACGUAUCCAGUUACGUCUAUUAAUGCUGAAUUCUGGUUUAGAGAUAUUUUGGUGCAUGGAGAGUUGAGAAAAACGCCGUCCUUUGCAGGCGCAGCAAUUGCUCUUUAAGGGCAGGAGAAAAAGAACGAGGAGUGGAGUUGUUGCACAAGAGGGCCAGAGAACCGUCUGGGAACGCGCCUGGAUGCUGCGAAUAACAGGGAUGGAGAGUUUCCGCGAGAUGGUGGCGGUGCUGGGUGUGAUGAGCUGCGCGUGGCUGCACUUUGGACUGGCCUCGCGGAUGAAGUCCCCAGCGUUGCCCAUCCAAUCGGAGAGGGAGCCAUUACCUUCCAAGGGGCUGUCAGGCUGCUCAUUUGGAGGAAGAUUCUACUCGCUGGAGGACACGUGGCACCCGGACCUGGGGGAGCCGUUCGGGGUCAUGCACUGUGUCCAGUGUCAUUGCGAACCGCACAGGAACAGGCGGGGUAAAGUAUUUGGGAAGGUGAGCUGUAAGAACAUUAAACAGGACUGCCCUGAGCCCAGCUGUGAGGAUCCAGUGCUUCUGCCAGGACACUGCUGCAAGACCUGUCCCAAAGGUGAGCUGGACAGGAAGCAGGUGGACUCCAUGUUCGACGGGUUUGAGUACUUCCAGGAAAAAGACGACGAUCUUCACAAGUCCUACAACGACCGCUCAUACCUGAGCUCUGAGGACAUCUCACCUGGAGAGAGCAGGACAGACUUUGUGGCACUGCUGACAGGUGUGACGGACUCUUGGUUGCCCAGCUCCAGUGGUGUGGCCCGAGCCCGGUUUUCCCUGUCCCAGACCAGCCUGGUCUUCUCCAUAACUUUCCAAAGGAUGGGGCGACCUAGUAGGGUUCUUUUUAUGGAUGCUGAUGGUAACAUUGCUUUUGAGCAUCGGGUUCCAAGAGCAGAGUCAAUGCAGUCCAACAUGAUCUGCGGGGUGUGGAAGAAUCUGCCCAAGUCACAAGUGCGCCUGCUGCAGGCAGAGCAAAUGCAGGUCUCCAUGGUGACAGCGGGCAGUAGACGGGAAGAAAUCCAGGGCAAAAUAAUCAAGCACAGAGCACUGUUUGCAGAAACCUUCAGCUCUACCCUGACGUCAGAGGAAGAACACUCUGGGAUGGGUGGGAUUGCCAUGCUGACGCUGAGUGACACAGAAAACAACCUGCACUUCAUCCUCAUGUUCCAGGGGCUGCUGCAGAACAGAGAAAAAGAACACCCCUUGGUGCCCAUCCGUGUGCAACUGCAGUACCGCCAGCACAUUCUGAGAGAGAUCCGUGCCAACGUCACUGUGCAUGACCCUGAUUUUGCGGAGGUGCUAACCAACCUCAACAGCCGUGAGCUCUUCUGGCUAUCGCGUGGCCAGCUGGAGAUCGCCGUGGAAACUGAGGGGCAGGACCCACGGCGUAUCUCUGGGUUCAUCACCGGCAGGAAGUCAUGUGACACCAUCCAGAGUGUGAUGUCCAGUGGUGACGCCCUGACCCCAGGGAAAACCGGCGGCGUUGGGUCUGCAGUGUUCUUUCUGCACGACAACGGCACGCUGGACUACCAGGUGCAGAUAGCCGGUGUCUCCGGCGAGGUGGUGGGCGUGACCAUCGAGAUGAAGCCGAGGCGACGCAGCAAGCGCAGCGUCCUGUACGACCUGACCUCGGAGUACGGUGCGGGCCGGGCCAUCGGGAGCUGGAGCCGAAUGGAGGCGCGCCACAUACACAUGCUGCUGCAGAACGAGCUCUUCAUCAACGUCGCUACUGCAGACCACCAGGAGGGGGAGCUGCGGGGUCAGAUCCGCUCCCUGCUGUACAGCGGUCUCGAGGCCCGCAGACACGUGCUGCCAGUGCCUUUAGCAGGGCAGUAUGUCUACCCUCCCGUGAGGACUGGCGCCGGGGGCCACGCCUGGGUGUCGGUGGACGAGCACUGCCAUCUGCACUAUGAGAUUGUAGUGACGGGACUGAGCAAGAGUGAUGAUGCCACGGUCAACGCCCAUCUGCACGGACUGGCUGAGAUUGGGGAGCUGGACGAGAGCAGUCCAACUCACAAGAGACUACUGAUGGGUUUCUACGGUUCACAGGCCCAAGGCAUCCUGAAAGACCUGAGUGUGGAGUUGCUGCGUCACCUGGACCGAGGUACCGCCUUCAUCCAGGUCAGCACCAAGCUGAACCCAAGAGGAGAGAUCCGAGGACGGGUUCACUUGCCAAAUAACUGCGAGUUUGGGAACAGGGCAGAGACAGAUGAGGGGGAGUCUGAUGACGGCAUGUAUGUGCGGGACCCUGAGGAGCUGAAGAAAGACCCCCACACCUGUUUCUUUGAGGGGCAGCACCAUGCCCACGGCUCUCACUGGACACCCCACUACAACAACUGCUUCACUUGUAGCUGCCAGAAGCGGACAGUGAUCUGUGACCCCAUCAUCUGUCCCGUGCUGACCUGCGCACGCACCAUUCAGCCUGAGGACAAGUGCUGUCCGGUCUGCGACGAGAGGAAGGAGCCAAAAGACGUGAAAGCCCUGGAGAAAGUGGAUGAACAUCCUGAAGGAUGCUACUUUGAAGGGGACCAGAAGAUGCAUGCCCCCGGGACAACCUGGCACCCCUUUGUCCCCCCGUUUGGAUACAUCAAGUGUGCGGUCUGUACCUGCAAGGGUGCGACGGGGGAAGUUCACUGCGAGAAGGUGACCUGCCCACCGCUGGCCUGCAGCAAGCCCAUCCGUCGCAGUCCGUCCGACUGUUGCAAAGAGUGUCCCGAGGACGAGAGGAGGCACCUGGACCACUCUGACAUGAUGCAGGCAGAUGGGACCCCCCACUGCAAGUUCGGGAAGCACUACUACCAGAACAGUGACAACUGGCACCCCAACGUGCCCCCCGUCGGCGAGAUGAAGUGCAUCACCUGCUGGUGUGACCACGGCGUGACCAAGUGCCAGAGGAAGCAGUGCCCGGUGCUGACUUGCAGCCACAUCGUUCGCAGGCAGGGCAAGUGCUGUCCGGAGUGCCACGAUGCGCUGUCAAAGGAAGACGAGGACCUGAUGAAAAUUCCAGAAAAGAAGACCCGGAAACACUGAGAUGGAGCCAAGGAUUCCUCUGUCACCCCCCCACCCCUCACCCCCCCCCACAACCGUCCCAGAACUGCACGCUGGCUCAGUUCCUUUGCAGUCAGCCGAUAGAUUGUCAUUAAGAAGCGAUCGAGACCAAGAGGCAGAGGGAGAGAAGCACAGCAGUGAUGACAGAAAGACUCUUUAAGGGAGAAAUCGCACUGCGAGUGGUGCUAAACACACUGACUCUCUCGGCCGUGCAGGAACCAAAGGAAAUGGACAAUACCUGCAGCAUUUAGUUUACUUUCUUUUGAUUUUUUUAAAAUUUUAGUUUGAAGAUUUUGCUCAAUUCACUUUGACAGCAGGUGUCUGUGUGUCACCUGAUGGUUUCUUCACUCUCCUACUUUCAUGACAUACUGCUUUCUCCUGGCUCACACACACGUGCAAACACACGCACACACGCACACACACACACACACACACACGGCCUCCUGCAAGUCAGCUGAAUGUCACUAAAAUCCAGGCUCUACUCUAACGUAUGUCUCACUCCCAUGGACCAGCCUUGCCAGCCCAUUCAAUCGGCUGACUCUCUGCCAAAAUCUGUUCUCCUCCCAGAGGAGCGGUCCUGGCCCGCCCUGCUCUGCCUACCUGAGUCCCAGCUCAGCCCCUCCUUGAGUCUGAAUGACAGCAGGAAAAACCCCAGGGGAAAAAUGAAGGAUGUCUGUUUCUUUUUUUUUUAAGGAAAGUCUGGUUGUGGUUUGCAGUACAACAGAUGAUUAAAUGAGCCCCUCAUCAACAUAUCUGCAGUUUUUCGCACCUUAAAAAGAGAGGGAAGUCCCCUAACACACACAAGCACACACGCAUACACACCCUAGCUAUUAAUCCACCCUUCUCCACCUCCUCCUCUCCCUGUGGCCACUGAGACACUUCCAGAGAGAGCUGAGCUGAUCUAACACAGGGAGCUGCUGGGGUAGGAAUGGAGCCUUGUUUUGUGUUGUUAUCGUAGCGUAGUGUUAUUGUAGUGCUAAUGAAGAAAACAGCUGAAGUGACAAAGAGGGAGAGACAGA